AUGAAGCAGCUUCUAUGGGGAGUAGAACAUUGUCAUCUACGAGGGAUCAUGCACAGAGACAUUAAAGCCGCAAAUAUUCUGGUGAAUAACAAAGGAGUUUUAAAGCUAGCUGAUUUCGGAUUAGCCAACAUUGUAACACCAAGAAACAAGAAUCAGUUAACGAGUCGGGUUGUGACGCUAUGGUACCGUGCACCGGAACUUCUUAUGGGCUCUACGAGUUAUAGCGUAUCCGUUGAUCUUUGGAGUGUUGGAUGUGUUUUCGCCGAGAUUCUUACCGGAAGUCCACUUCUUAAAGGAAGAACAGAGAUUGAACAACUUCACAAGAUCUAUAAACUCUCUGGAUCACCAGCUGAAGAAUUUUGGGAAAAGAACAAGCUUCAUCCUCAAACUAAGAUGUUUAGACCACAACAUCAAUAUGAAGGUUGUCUGAGAGAAAGAUUUGAGGAGUUUCCCAAAACAGCAGUUCAUCUUCUGGAGAAUCUAUUGUCUAUUGAUCCAGAGAAACGAGGAACAGCCUCCUCUGCUCUCAUGUCAGAGUACUUUAACACAAAGCCUUACGCUUGUGAUCCAUCGACGUUACCUAAGUACCCUCCUAACAAAGAAAUGGAUGCUAAGUACCGUGAAGAACUUCAACGAAGGAGAAGAGUUAGUAUACAGAAAAGAGAUAACUUGGCACCCAAGAAAACGGGUAAAUCACGUAGAACAGUCAAAGAGCCAACGCACCAUAGCAAAUUACCAACCCAACAGGAAACGAAGAAGGAAAGCGGGACAGAGAUCAAUGUACAGACGCCAUCGGAGACAUCCCAAGCGAUGACGACCAGAAGCGAGUUUCCGUACGCCGGUUUAUCUCAAACAACGGCGCCGGCGAGCGGGUUUGCAUGGGCCGGGACGAAGAAGAGGAAAGAGAACGACGCAGCUUCAACGCUGACUUAUAACCAACCCGCGGGAUCUGCGAGCCACGUCAGUGGUAUGAGCAUGGCUUUCGCUAAGAACACUUUCGGGUUAACGAUAAAUGAAGACAGACCGAGCUAUCUUAAGCCGCACGUUUCUCUAGACUCCUCUGAUGUGUUGUUGUUUUCUGGCUUGCAUCACAAGAAAUCUGAUGGAGAUACGGAUUUGACGAAUAUUGGGGCGAAUCCGAAGAUAUUUCAAACAAAUGGGAUGAAUGAGAUAUUACGGAGAACAGAAAGUGAUGCCAGAGUCGGUGUUCGAAGACCGCCACGAAUAGAAAGAGGUUAA